ACGCCGGGGGUUUAUUAGGCGGCUCGGGGGACACUGGCUUUCCGGCGGCGGGGUGGGGUGACGGGUCGGGUUCGGAGCGCGACUGUGGCGUUGCGGACUGGCCGCAGCCCGUUGCUGCUAUCCGGGGAGGCCCGGAGGCAGCUGCAUCACAACGGGCUUUGGUGGAGCAUCGAGCCAGGUAGCUAACAGAGCUCCUGGUGCUCUGUGUGGAAAGAGUAGCUUGCAAGUCUCCGCUGGGAUUUGUGCACGUUAUUCCUUUGCUAUAGGAAAGGGCUCUGAUAAACCUGCUGGAACUGAUGGGGUCUGUCUGUCAGAGGUGAGGAAGAGCAUCUCUGCUUACAGGCUUGUCAAGCUGAUGAAGAGGACUUUAAACUAAAGCUGCUAAGAUGCCUCAUUGUUAGAUGCCAGACCAGUCACCUGUGCCAAGCUGCAACCAAAAUGACUAAGUACAAGCUUGUUCUCCUGAGGCAUGGGGAAGGAGCCUGGAACAAGGAGAAUCGCUUCUGCAGUUGGGUGGACCAGAAGCUGAGCAGUGAUGGAAUAAAGGAAGCUCGAAACUGUGGCAGACAGCUUAAAGCUCUGGGCUUUGAGUUUGACCUUGUCUUCACCUCUGUACUCAGCCGCUCCAUCCACACUGCAUGGCUGAUCCUGGAAGAGAUGGGCCAGGAGUGGGUCCCCAUCCAGAGUUCUUGGAGACUGAAUGAACGCCACUAUGGUGCGUUGAUUGGUCUCAACAGAGCAGAAAUGGCUCUGAAUCAUGGAGAAGAGCAAGUGAAAAUAUGGAGGAGAAGCUAUGAUGUUACUCCACCUCCCAUAACUGAGUCGCAUCCCUACUAUGAAGAGAUAUACAAUGACCGUCGAUACAAAUGCAGCGAUGUGUCUCAGGAUAACCUUCCGAAGGCUGAAAGUCUAAAAGAUGUGCUUGAUAGACUCCUUCCCUAUUGGAAUGAAAAGAUAGUGCCAGAACUCAAAAGUGGUAAAAUGAUCCUUAUAUCUGCUCAUGGCAACAGCAGCAGGGCGCUGCUCAAGCAUUUGGAAGGCAUCUCCGACAAGGACAUCAUCAAUGUUACUCUCCCCACUGGUGUGCCCAUACUUCUUGAACUUGAUGAGAAUCUGCGUCCUCUGGGCCCUCACCAGUUUCUGGGUGAUCAGGAAGCUAUCCAGGCUGCCAUCAAAAAAGUGGAAGAUCAAGGGAAAGUAAAAUCUGCUGAGAAGUAAAAUCCCACUGACUAACAAAGUUACUUUCCAAGUGUGUGGUAGUUAAGUGAUUUAUUUAUAACUGCUAGGUUGCACUGUGUGGAAAAAAUCUCAAUUUCAAGCACUAAUUAGAAGGGACAGUUGAGUCUGUUUGGCGAGUGAACCCUCUGCCUUUCAAAAACUGGAAUUCAAAUCUCAGCAUGAGAUUAUGGAUACUGAAAAAGGAAAUAACAUCAUUCAGGUAAUGGAAACUUGUAGGGCAGUUUCACUGAGAUCUAGGUUUUAUGGUGGCCUGGGAGGGGAAAUAAAGAGGUAUGUUGUUACCAUCUACUAGACCUGAUCUGUUAGUGGAGGAAAAAGCACUGUACAGCACCAUCUUACUGUGUUACUAAUUCCAGGUAGUUGCAGGUACUAACACUGUUUAUCUCUGAUAGACUGACAUGACUUUUCUAUCAAUUGCCAACCCAACUUUUUUCUGUAUAAAUUCCUUCAGUCUUUCCAAACACUUUCUAUUGUAUCUACCCUUCUUUCUACUUUCUGUUAUUUAAAGGUUCCUCGAGGCCAGCUCAUGGUCCUGAGGUGAAUUUUAUAGAGAUGCUUGGACUGUUAGAGCUACUACAAUCUUUUACUACGCUAUCAUUCAGUUUUUAAGGAACCUAGAAGGUAUCCCUCUUCCUGCACCAUCUUUGCAAACCAUUGCACAACUGUGUUUUGUUGGUUUGCAGUAGUGGGAUUUAACUCAAACUUUAGCUGGAAACUAAGUACAAGUUUUCUUGCUCAGUGAGCAACCUUAACAGUUCUGGAACAUAAAUAAAAUGUCCGGGAGAUUUGAGAAACUUGCUAGAAUUGUGGGUUUUUUUUUUGGUUUUUUUUUUUAACCUCAAUGAAACUGGAAAUAUGAAGCCACUCUCUAAGCUUUUCUGAGUUGCAAAGAACAGACAAAUCUGUUUUACAGUAAUAAUGCUGUGGCACUGUUGGUAGACCUCUCUAUUGGGCAGAAAUGCUGCACAGGACAUGUAAGGUAUAUUACUAAAUGCAGCUCAUGUAGCUAUCAAGCUUAGCAGUGAUGGAUGUUUUACAGCAUCUGAAAGUGGUUUCCUAUAAAGCUCUCCUCAUGGUCAUAGCUUGAUUCCUGUUGAGUGUGACUGUAAUGCUUUGGGUACUAAGCUUGAACUGUGGGUGUACUGUAGUGUGUUCCAGUGUCAAGAUAGUCCCAAAUUCACUCUCUAAUCUGAAACCAUUGUUACUUUAAUUCUAAAUAUGACACAAUGAUUCAACAUUUGACCUUAAUUGCCAUUAUCAGUAUUUGAGCUGAAUCAGUAUGUUUUCAGCAUAGCCCAGCUACAAAUCUCAAUAAGCUAAUAAGUUUCCUUGGUAUGAUAGUAUGUAUAUAUACUCUCUAGAAACCUUAGAAUAACUCCUGUUUGCUGUGAGCAGUUUGGUAGCUAAUUUUAAGUGUGAAGAUGGCUUUUCCUUUGAGAAGAGCAGUGUGACAAGUUAUGCUUCUGACACAAACUCUAGGGAGUCUUUCCAGGUCAGAUACCAACUCAUGCUAAUGUGGCAGGAGCUCCAUGAAAGAUGUCUUUACUUAAUAGUACUUUCUCUGACAUGAACAAUGCUUGGGCUUUUCUUGGGUUUUGUUUUAGUUGCCCUCGCAAUAGGGUCAAAGUUACUUGUUUGUUUUUCUUAAGAAUAAAGCUGGUAGUAAACAUAAAGCUGGUAGUUUUCUUUUUCCUUUGUACAAGCCAGGAUAUCCAUCUGUUUUUCUCUGAAACCCUGUUAGCGCCUUUCCUACUACUAUAUUUGUGAUACUGCUUGACUUUCUAUGUUUUUAGCUUUCUCUGUAUAGUGACUCAAAAUCUUAGUUGAUAAUUGGUGUUAAGGAGUUGCACUGUUGAUGACAAAACAUACUUGUCAAUGCAGUGAGGGAGGACUGCUGGCACUGGUCAGAUUUUUUUCACUAAACAUUCAAUUAUGUUUAUUACCCAGAAAAAAAAUGACUUCAGAUUCAUUAACAAGACAACCACGUGUCACCAGUAGGAGCAGCAUGUGUCAGGAUGUGGGCUGAGGACGUGAUCACGUGCCUAUAUCCUUUUGGUGAUGUGGUAUUAUGAUGUUGGACUUCUUGAGGAUAUGAAGCAAAGGUGGAAUCUAUGUGGAAACAAAUCCAGCUGAACUGGGGGAUGCUUUCUGUCAGAAGAAGAGCACUGAUAUCUGAUCUCUUCUGGGCUGGCAAUGGGGAAUAGAAAGGUGGAUAAGUGUAAAGAACAUUCAUGUUUCGUUUUGCAGCUGAAGUGAUGCAAUUGACUGAAAACAGCCUUUCAGAGCCUUGGAUGGUUGAAAAAGAGUGAUGUGAUGCUUUCAGGUGGCACUGUUUCUGUAGUGCUUCUUGAGGCAGGAAUGGGGCUAGUGCCCUGGGGGGUUGGGCUUCAUUUGCUUUCACUGUGACUCCAAAGAUGACAGGAUUUGGCAUGCACAUCUGGCAGCAAUACCAACUCAUUAAAGUAUUGGAUGGAACCAGCUGGAGACUUUCAUCUUCAAGAUGAUUCCAACACCUUGCACUUCUUGUUUCUAAAUAAUUUUAUAAUUAUCUGUGUUUUAUGAAUCAAAUUUAUAUUGAAAAUAAACCAGCUUUUAGCAGUUGUAUUAGGAAGAAUGCCUGGCUUUCGGGUAUAACUAUAUUAGAGGAAAAGAGGACCUUGCUGUUGGUAGCUUUACAAAUCAGUGGGUGGAAAACAAUUUUCUCCAUGUUUGAAUAUGCAUCGGUGCCUCCAAGUCUUGUAAGGGUAGCCAGCAUCUCUACAGUUGACAUGAGGGAUGUGGUUGAUUUGGAUUUUCUUACACAUUUUAACUUAUGGUUCAGUAGCAAGUAGCUCUAGAAUUCUCUUGAAAACCUUUUGUAAAUAUGGUGGAGCUGACAGGUUCUUUAUAAUUCAAUAAAUGCCUCUGAAAUGGAAUUUAA